CCCAUACUUUGCACUCCUGGAGGGUUCAGCUGUCAUUCAGUGAUGUGGAAGGUGAAAAUCUCCUCAAUAUUGUAAGCAGUUUGGGGACUUGAUCAUUUUCAGGCUCUCCGUGCAGCACCUAACACAACAAAUUGCAUAACAGGGCUUUCCACAUGUAUGCCAACACAAAUAAAGCAACAAAACCAUCAGAAUAUAAACUAGUAUCAAAGAAGAAACUCUCUGCCCUUUUUGGCUGCUCUGCUGGAGGGUGAGGCUGUCCCUGACAGGCACUAAAGGCUGCCUGGACCUUUAAGAGCUGCUGUUGCCAGUGCAGCUCUUCCUGGGACCUUUGGAACAGCCCAGGGUGGAAAGCUGAGCUGACUGCCUGCGAGGCAAAAUGAACAUUCAGGAGUAUUUUGGAAGAAUAUCUUACAACAAGCCCCAUAAGGAUGCAGACUUGCAAACGCUGACAGCCAUCCUCCAGCAUCACAUCCAGACCAUUCCUUUUGAGAACCUCAGCAUGCACUGCGGGGAGCCCAUCGAACUGGAUUUGCAGGCUACUUACAACAAGAUUGUGAGAAAGAAACGUGGUGGAUGGUGCCUGGAAACCAACCACCUCCUCUUCUGGGCCUUGCAAGAAUUAGGGUAUGAUGUCUGUAUUCUUGGUGCAAACAGCUACGAACCAGCAGAGAAGGGAUACACUGCUCAGAUAAACCAUAUCCUGCUGAAGGUGGUGAUCGAGGGAGAGCCCUACAUAGUAGAUGCUGGGUUUGGUGGUGCCUACCAGAUGUGGCAGCCGCUGAUGCUGGUUUCUGGGAAGGACCAGCCCCAGGUUCCUGGCAUUUUCCGCUUCAUGGAAGACAAUGGCACCUGGUACUUGGAGAAAGUCAAAAGGAAGCAUUAUAUUCCUGAGCACAGUAAGAAUGACUUCCCUCAUACUCCAGAACUGGGGAAUAUCCGAAAAAUACAUAAAUUUACUCUCGAGCCACGGCAUAUAGACGACUUCCAGGAGCUAAAUGCAUACCUCCAAGUGUCUCCAGAUAACAUCCUUCAGAAGAAGUCAAUGUGCACUCUCCAAACCACCAGUGGGGUCCUUGCCUUAGUUGGAUGGACCCUCACUGAGAUGAAGUACAACUACACAGAAGACACGGACCUGGUGAACAUCACAACCCUUACAGAUGAAGAGGUUGAGAAGACACUGAAAGAUAAAUUCAGUGUAGUACUGGAGAACAAACUCACACCAGUAAAUGUUCGUGGCUUGCCACCUAAUUUAGUGGAUAAGAUCUAAAUGUAACACUGUGCUAGAUGGAUCUUUA